AUGCCAUCCGAGGCGCGCAAAGGUAUUUUUACCACACCUCUUCAAAAUGACUUUCAGUGGUAUAAUUUAUACCAAAAAAUGUUCGGCGUCUGCACGUAUGCCCCACCGAUGCCGAUGAACCCAAGCACCACGACCUCUAUUUUUCCCAAACGGAAGCACAUCCACGGCUUCCUUGACGAUUAUCGGGAUUCCUUCGAGGUCGACGCCAGCGAGGACUGCCAUGAUGACAAAGAGCCCAUCUUCCCCCCGAUCGCACGACCCUCCUCGAGGGAGGUUUAUGUUUCCUUUUCGAAAAAGAGCGGCGAAGUCCACUCGGAUGAAAACUCCCUCCACUUAGCCGCCGGGGAGGACCCGUUUCUGAAGUUCACCGGGGACGCCCCCCCCCCAACGCGUCGCUCUCCCACACCAUGCCGAAGGGGCUGA